AUGAAAAAAGACCUUCUUCUACUAAAGACAGAAUUAGGACAAACAAGUUCACAAGAUGAAUUUGCCAAAUGGGCUAAAUUACGCAGAAAGUUAGAUAAAUCUGUUGCUGAUUUAGAAAAAUUAAAUUCGGAUAUUUCUUAUUCUAGAACUGCUUUUGAGCUUAAGGUGAAAUCAGGACUUUGGUUUGUUGUUCAUGGAUCUCAAAUGAUUAUGGUUUUCUGGUUUAGAAAAAAUGCAGUCUUUUAUCUUCCUCCUGGAUGGUUUGGACCUGCUCAACGCUUUCUUUCAUGGCCCUUUGCUCCUAAAGGUAAGCUAAGCCAAAAGAGAAAGCUUUAA